AACAUCUCAAGCAACAAUGAAGAUUUCUUGGUUUUCCUUUCUUUUAGUACUACUUGUUGUUUUUUCAUCAACUUCAUGGGCAGCUUCAGCUGAUACUCAUGAACAAUUCCUCCAAUGCUUAUCCCGCAGUAACCAAACCUCCAUUUACACCCCAAAUAACUCUUCCUAUUCAUCAAUCCUUCAAUUUUCCAUUCAAAACCUAAGGUUCAACACCACUGGAACUCCUAAACCUCUUGUGAUUGUCACCCCUGUAAGUGAAUCCGAGGUCCAACGAGUCAUUCUUUGUGCUAAGGAAACUGGGAUGCACGUUAGGGUUCGAGGUGCAGGACAUGAUUACGAGGGACUUUCUUAUGUAUCUGAAGUUCCAUUUGCCAUAGUUGAUCUAAUCAACCUUAGAACAAUCACUGUUAAUGCUGAGGACAAGAGUGCAUGGGUUGAAGCUGGAUCCACUAUUGGCGAACUCUAUUAUAAAAUUGCGGAGAAAAGCAAAACCCUAGGGUUUCCAGCUGGUGUUUGUCCUACAGUUGGUGUUGGUGGACAUUUUAGUGGAGGUGGUUAUGGUGUUAUGUUGAGAAAAUAUGGCCUAGCCGCAGAUAACAUUGUAGAUGCACGGUUGAUUGACGCGACCGGAAGAAUUCUUGAUAGGGAUUCAAUGGGAGAAGAUCUCUUUUGGGCAAUUAGGGGAGGUGGAGGUAAUAGCUUUGGACUUGUUCUUGCAUGGAAGAUCAAAUUAGUAGAUGUUCCGGAGAAAGUAACUGUUUUUACCCUUGGCAAGACCUUGGAACAAAAUGCUACAAAGCUUGUUCAUAAGUGGCAAUAUGUUGCUUCAAGAUUCCACGAAGAUUUGUUCAUUAGGAUCUUGAUUAGUAGAGUGAACUCAAGUGAAGGAGGUAACAAACAAACAGUUGUAGCUUCAUUCAACUCGAUAUUCCUAGGUGGAGUUGAUCGAUUACUUCCCAUCAUGCAAGAAAGCUUCCCUGAAUUAGGGUUAAAAAGAGAAGACUGCAUUGAAAUGAGCUGGAUAGAGUCUAUAUUGUACUUUGCAGGAUUCCCAAGAGGUGAAUCUCUUGAUGUAUUGCUAAGUAGGAUUCAACUCUCAACGCGAUACUUCAAGGCAAAAUCAGACUAUGUUCAGAAGCCAAUCCCCGAGGGAGGUCUCGAAGGAUUAUGGAGAUUGUUUUUUGAAAAUGGAGCUGAAGGAGCAGAAGUGAUCUUGAGUCCAUAUGGUGGGAAAAUGGAUGAGAUUGCAACAUCUGCUAUCCCAUUCCCUCAUAGAGCUGGGAAUUUGUACAAAAUCCAACAUUUGGUAUUUUGGGAUGAACAAGGAGAAGAAGUAGCUGAAAGACAUAUAAGUUGGAUAAGAAGGCUUUAUUCUUACAUGGCUCCUUUUGUUUCUAAGUUUCCUAGAGCUGCUUAUAUCAACUAUAGGGAUCUUGAUAUUGGAGUGAACAAUGUCAAGGGAUAUACAAGCUAUGUGCAAGCUAAAGUUUGGGGGAUUAAGUAUUUCAAAAAUAACUUUGAUAGAUUGGUUCAUGUGAAGACUAAGGUGGAUCCUUCAAACUUCUUUAGGAAUGAACAAAGCAUUCCUUCUCUUAUUUGGUGGAAGAACAAAGGCGAAUGAAGUUCCGGUUAAAGAAAAGAUUAUUAUAAAAAAUUCAAUACAUGUUAUUAUGUAAUAAAGUACGUAAAUAGUUUGCUUCUUCGUCGAUUGUGUAAUAACGGGCUGUGCAUGAGAUCAUGGCACUCUGCUAAUUAUACGACUUGUGCAGUAUUUUUUUAAUGUAAUUUGCUUAUUCUUUCGUAUUAUUGUAUUAUUGAUUGAUA